AUGAAUAAUGCCCAAGACAUAAUCAAUAUUAAUGAACAGGUUGUUAAUAGAUAUAGGCAUUGCAGGACUAAUGGCGAUAACGGGUGCGUUCUUCAGCAUGGACCUUACCCUGUUCAUGGGGCUAACAGGGCCCCUGGCGGGAAUGUGUCCCGGGAAACAAGCACCUGUGUAAUAAAGGCACAUUCGGGUACGAGCCCAAACUUGGUCAAGCGCCUUGCCAACUUGGCAAAACACGCAGAUAGUGCAAAUCAUGCAGAUCACGCAAAUUGCACAGAUCGCACAAAUCAUACAGAUACCAUUUCUCGCAUGCAACCACCCGACCUGCAAAUGGUGCACAGCAUAGCGACCUGGCUCUGCUUGAAAAUAUACCUCUCCUUUUAUACGUAUAUAAGAAAUUUGAGGAAACUGUCCCUUUUGCUAUUGUGUGAAUGCUCGGCUUAUGUGGCCAAGAAGUGCAGACUCUAUAUGUUAAAUAAAACAAACGGAAAAUGUAAAGCCAUAUGUAGGCAUGCCCUACGGACGGAAGAGGAAGAGGAAGAAAAAGAAGACAAACAGGUUUAUCCUUGCAAAUUAGAUAGAUCUGCUGGAAGAGGGCACAUAAGUGACUGUCAUCCUAUUCAAAAUAAUAAACGCACACAAGUGGAAAAAAAAAAUGAUUACCACACCUAUUUUGUUUCAAACAAGUUCAAUGUAUAUAAAUUUGUCUGCCUUGAGAAAUCAGCUUUUACGUUAGCGAGAAAAGCGGACGCUCCAAACAGGGGAGAUGCAGAACGCAGAAGAAUACGUUACUUUGGCUGUGUUAGCCAUGUGUACACGAGUAAGAGUCGUAAAACUGAUGAGGGAAACAACUCCUGCACCAGUAGGCGAAGUAAUGAUGAGGAUACAUACGCAGCGAAUGUAACAAGCAAAAGCCGCACUGUUGGCAGGGGACGAAUCCAUGUGGACACUUCCGUUCUCGUAAGCAGAAAGGGAAUGUACACAAAAAGGAACAUAUUUAAAAAGAAUAAUAAAAAAUGUAUAUUUCACGAGCAAACCUCGUUUAAUGCUUUCAAGAGAGGUAAUGCCAUUUACCCAUAUGAGGUUUAUAACUCUGUCCAAAAUGGAGAGUGCCUCAAAGUUGAGGUAAAUGGAAAAAAUGAAGACUAUGUUAAUGAAUCAUCUGACGAACUUGAAGAACCACAUGAUGUUGUUACGUAUAGCCCAUUCAACCAUUUAAGUGAAGGCGUCUUCGCCGAAGAGGAUAAAACAGGGCACUCCUCUGUUCCUAUCCAGCGUGUUGUGCAAAAAAUGUUAAAGAUAUACGUCAUGCUGCCGACCCCCCCUCGCUUUACCGAAACGGUAAGCGAUUCUUACAAGCCCGUUGCCCAUUGUGCAGUUCUUAUGAAAGAACCAUGUGAUUCGGGUGAAACCAUUUUGAUUACCCCUUUUAAUGUUUUAAACAUAAUUGUAAACAAGUUAAGAAGACAUCAUUCAUAUGUCACAUUCGAUGUAUAUUUUAAGACAAGAAUCACAUCAGAGUGUGGUAGCAAGAGGGCAUAUAUUUCAUGGGUUCGUAAAAACUCAACACUUAAUUACCCGGACGGGUUAAAAUUCAGCACAAGAAUGCUACUGGAGAUAUUUUUAACCUUGCCAGUGGUGGCAGAAGAGUGUCAUAAAACACGUGUCAAAUAUUUUCUUCCCCCGUUUUGGACCCAGCCCUCAGUUUUCUCUUCCUACACUACAUCCGAUAAAAUUGAUUCCUUAUUGUUCCUCCCAAUUCUGUCCCCACCUUUGAACAGAAAACGUUUUAAAAACUCAGGAAAGCGUGCACACCACAUUUUAAAAAAAAGAAGAAAUUGCACUAACAAUUUUGGACGCGCAUUUAUCAGAAGCAUCCAGUUAAGUGCAAAACAAUUUUGCAGAAAAAAAUGUUCAUCACUUUCACGAAAUCAGAAAAUGAAAUUUCGCCCAAGUGUGCUCAUGAUUGGAAAGAACAGAAGGAGGGAAAUUUCGAAACACAAGUUGAAACGUCACAGGGCGGAAGUACUCUCCGUAAUGGCGGAGAGGCCGCUCGCGAAUGUGCGGAGGUUACGUGAAGACAGGAUGAGCGUGACGGCGAAAAGGGAUAGUGAAGCAACCAAACUGGAGAACGAAGCUCUGAAAUCGGCCCGUGGCACAGAAAACCUCGUCGAAAUGACCGUGUCGAGGGAGAGGGAACAUCUGCCCACAUCAGGACCCCGCCUUGAGCGUAAGCGUCGCUGUAAUUUGAUAAAAAACAAAGUGAAGAUAUCCCUUUUGUUACUCAAAUGUUAUGAUAUUUUUCCCGCCAAAUAUGUGCACGAGAAAAUGCAACGUGUUGAACUAAGGGGGGUCAACUGCAGCAGAAGUGGCUGCGGGGACGUGGGUAAUUCCACGAUGAGAAAAUGCCCAGGGGGAAGUAGCAACAGGGGAAAAACAGACGAUAGUGGGAAAGGUGAGAAAAGCGGCAAACGUGGUGAUAGCGGCCAAAGCAACAAACGCGGUGAAGGCGGUCAAAGCAGUAAACGCGGAAAUAGCGGCAAAGGCGGUAAAAGCGGCGACAGUGGCGGUCGAAGCAGUGGCAAUGGAGAUGACAAAGAUGAUGAAAAGAACAACAAAAAGAUACACGCCGAUGAUAAGGGUGAGAAAAACGACGAGGCGAAGGAGAACGGGAAGAAGGAUAACAACGCCAACGGGGAUAAUGCUAACAGCGAAAAGGAUAGUGGGAGCGGCGCUGGAGGCGGGACAGGAAGCGGGAGUGGCAAAGCCGAUUCGAUUGAAGGCGCGAACGUAGCGUCCAACGUAUCCUCAAAAGGAGAUUCAAAGGAAGCUGCAAAAGAAGUUUCAAAAGAAGCUUCCAACGUAGCUUCAAACGUAGCCUCAAACGGAGCCUCAAACGAAACUUCCAACGGAACUUCCAACGUCGAUGCAAACGCCAAGAAGAGGAGGAGCGAGAAGGGGAAGAGCAGAAGCAGAAACAAAGGCGAUCGCACAGAUAGCGGGCCGCCUAACCAACCCACCGAGGCCAAGGAUGAAUGUGCAUCUGUGAAUAACGACUCCCCCCUGUUGAACAACGAAAAAAAAGAAACAGUUAAGCGCAAAAAGGGAAACAAAACAGGGAAAAGAAAUGGAACUAAUGAAAGAAAUGAUAAAUAUUCCCUUAACAUUUUAAUCGCAGAAAAUGCAUAUAGAAUUGUAAAAAAUGGAAGAGUGUACAAACCAACAGAGCCAGUCAACAGCUUCCACACGCAUCAUAAUUUUAUGCUUAGAGAAAUGAUGUGGAUGAGUAUAGAUUAUUAUGAAGAAAAAAGGUGGAAGAAAAAUGUGUCCAAAAGAUUUAGUUAUCAAAUGAAUAAUCACUUUGAGGACAGAAAAAAAAAUGACAAAUAUUUUAUUUCUUCGCAUAUAUCAAAUGAUAUUAAGAUGUUUUGGUUUUUUGUACUAAACGAGGUGAGGCCUGACUUAGUCCCCGUGGACGUGGAGCAUAAGGUGAAAAAUAAAAAUUUGCUCAAGAGAGAUUUUUUUAACUCCUUUAGAAAGAAUUUAAAAAUGGAUGGAAAUAGUCCUUUCAUCACUGACGUUGAAGCGAAACCCGUCGUUGCGGCCAAUGCUGAAGAGUUGAUUAGUCAUGCCGUGGAAGACGGUGAACAACAGAGUGACAAAUGUGACGACCCUUCCAAUGACUCCAGCCCCAGUGGCAUUCUAGGUAUGGCGCGCAGCAUGUUUUCGUUCAAUUUUAUGAAUAAGAAAGAGGAAAACAGCAAAGGAAAUAGCGAAACAGGAGAAACCACCAAUUGUGCCAGUCGUAGGGACAACCCAAGUGAUGAGCAGUGUGAAGUUUCCCCAAGUGGGAAAAAUUCGCACAGUGCCCCCCCAACAAGUGAUGCGGACAAAGAGCAUCCACUCCCGAGCAACACCCAGGUGGAUGAAAAAAGCAUAGAGGAGAAUCGAAAUUAUGAACAGCGUCUUAUCCUUUUGGAGGAAAAUGUAAGCAGGGAAUUGUUAAACAAGCAUGAGCACAAUUCCAGGAGAGAGGUUGACUUUUGUGAUAAUUUUAGGUUGGAGGAAUACACCUACCGGAGUAGUGCGUACAAUUAUAAUGACGAUUAUGCAGACUACUAUUCUUGUAGUACAGACUACCUUGACUUGAGUAACCGCCUGUAUAUUUACUGUUUGCUCUUCAUGAGCAUUUCGUUAAUCGAAGUGAAUGAAAAUAUUUUUUAUAACAAUGAAAAUUUAAUUAAUGAUGAUCACGCUACGUACUCUGAUGAUGAACAAGAGUUGACGGUCCCGUUUGGAGGAAAGGGAAAACUGAUGUUAAGGCAAAACGAGCUUAGUGAUGAAGUAGACUACGCCAAACAUGAGAAAAAAAAGAGAAGAAAAAAAAGGAGUGAUAACAACAAUUGCGGUGACGUAGCCGAUGAGGCAGAGCCGCUGGAGGUGGAAGAGGCCAAAUCGGGACAUGAACCACCAAAGCAAGGAGACGAAGAGACCAAAUCGAACAACCCCGAAAAGCAAAAAACAAGGAUCAAGCUCGAACUUGUAAAAAAGGAAAGCAAGAGUGAAAUGGGAGAAUACGACGACGAGGUGUAUAGGGAAUAUGCAAGGAACCACAACGACUAUCAACAUGUGGACGAUGGAGACGACUUCGAUGAUGUAGGGAUGGUAAACAACUACGCCGACCAUAUGAACCACAUGGAUUACUACGAUGAGAUGAGACAUAUGAAUAGCAGCAUGUUGACCAUAGCAAACACUCCCUUGAAUAGUGUAGACGUGAACGAGCUCCUCGUUAUUCCAUAUUCCGCUUCCGACAGAAUAAUGAGUAAAGAAACAGGUAGUAGUAGUAGUACUGCACCAGAACAAAACAUGAGCGAAUGUCUAAACGAGAUUAAACAAAAAAAUGUCAGUGUAUACAUGAAUAAUAUGGAGAUAUGUGGAGGAAGAACAUACCCAUUCGAAUUCGAAUAUAUUAACAACACAAAUAACGACAUUCGCCUCCCGCUCAUGAACUUAACAGAGUAUGAUGAGUUCACCUUUUUUAUGUAUCUGUUUUAUUUAAAAAAUUCUCCAUAUAUUUUAAAAAAACAAAUGAUAAAGGAAAAGAAAAAACGCAAAAGAGACUUCUCAGAUGUGACCUCAGCCAAGAAAAGGACACCCAAGCGAAGAUUGAACAAAGCGGAAAAUGAUAAAACAGUGGACAUCGUAAUAGAGAACGAAAAGGGUAAAGCAAAUGAACAACCGCUAACAAAUGCUGAGGUAGAAAACACCUCAUCUUUGAAUGAGAUCAUUAGAGCUGAGGAAAAUGACCAACAUGUUGAUUUUUCCAAAAAGGAUGACUAUGCAAAGGUUGGAAUUCAAAAGGCAGGGGUGAAGGAUGAUGGUGACGUUAGGGACAAUCGUCUUGCUGAGGAGGGACAACAUUCUCGAGUGAAAGAUAUCAGGGAAGGAUCCAAUUUCACGGAGGAACAGGAAGAACAAAAUUUAAAAACGUGGACUAACAUGAAAGAAGAGUGGACCAAUGAUGAAGUAAAUUUUCUCCUCAUACUUACAAAGACGUAUAUGAAUUAUGUGAACACCGACUGGACUCAGGUGAUGGAAUGUAACGGUGAGGAACAACCUCCUGUCGUUGGAAGUUGUGAUAACCCCUCUGUGAAGAAUCAUUUAGGGGAGGCCUCCAUGGAAGCGGCGUCCAUUGGAGUGAUGCAUCUGGGAGAUGCGCACAAUGGAGAUAAUGCUUCUGCAGAACAGGGUGGAGGAAGACCCGCCGAAGUGCUAAAUGCGGAAGCAAAUAACAGCAAUAAUAGUAGCUGUGGGGGAGGAGAUCAAGUGAAUGUUUCGCAAAAAACACAAGGGAACGCGCCGAACGAGGAAGUUCUCUCUCCCCAUGAGGAACAUAACAACGCGAAGCUUGCAGAAAAGACAAUGCCGCCACUGGGACAGGUGCCCCUAAGUGCCAACUACAUGUACUCCAUAAACUGGAACAUCAUAUCCCUAGCGCUCGCCUCGUACAACAAAAUUAAUCACGUUUACCAAAUGACCAGGACGGCGGAGGAGUGUAGGGACAAGUUCUUUUCUCUUUUCCAGGACAACAGCUACCUGGAUGUCAUGUCCAGUACCCUGCAUGGUGAAAAUUAUGUAGAUAAUAAAAAAAGGUUAAAGAAGGGGUCAAAGCGGUUAAAGUUCUUGUCCAUAUUUCCCUCCCAAAGUGCGAACAGCUUGAUAGGUUCGUUUAACAAAUAUAUGAGCGAACAGAUUGAGAUACAGAAGCAGAGGGAGCAGGCGGGCAGUCAUGGUGGCUGGGGCAGUGACGACAGGGGAAGCGACCCAGAGAAAUUAUUGACCGGCUCCGGCCAAUUGGAGGAAAAAGAAAAUACAGAUGGAAAGCCCCACGAAAGCAAGGGUUCCAAAAAUGACCAACCUAACCUUGAUGAAGAAUUAUCAGAGGGGAACAAUUCCAAUGAAGAGGAAUCUACCCUCUUCGACCAACCGAGGAAAAGCGAACUGUUAAGUGGAAUAUUGCAGCAGCUGUCUAAAGGAAGCGCCCUUCUAAACGACAAAAAGAAUAUGAGCAGCAAACCGAGCACCAGCUGCACCACCGAACAAAACACUCUUUACAGGAUGAACGAAUCGGAGGAGCAAUUAAAUGACACCAACUUUCUGUUUAGAAACACAAAUUUAUGUUCCAAUUUGAGCAAGAAGGAAAGUCUAUUUAAUAAUUUAUUAUCUCAAAUUUCUGCAAACUCCGACGAAACUUCUGAUGAAGAUAUCGAUUGUGCGAAGGACAGCUUCUUCAGCUCCAGUGACGUGGACGAUUCUACGACACUGAAAUUGGAUGAAUUGUCUCCCAUCAAAUCCGACCAUAUGGAAAGUAGUAUAUUAAAGAGGAAGCGCCCCUUCGUAGGGGAUAAGGAUGAUGAGAACCGCGAGUAUGAACAGAGUGGCGAUAGCCAAGUGGAAGAAGAGGGAGUUCCAAAUGGUGGGCCAUCAUAUGAGCACCCAGAAGUAGAAUCUCAGAAUGAACAAAUGUUGGAAGGACAGGAACGUAACUCGGGGGAAAGCAGAAAUGUGCAGGAAGCACAGAAGGAGCGAAUACCAGGGGAAGAAAAAACGGAGGAAAUAACACAAAUGCACGAUUCGAACUACUUGGAAGGAAACCAGGAUGUUCCAUCUGUUGAGAGCCAAAGGAAUAGUGAGUGCUCAUUUGGGGAAAGGGAAAAGGAUGGAAAUAAAAUUGGCGAAUGUGACAACGAUGAAAAGAACAACUCUGAAGUUCCCGAACGGAGAAACGAACCGAUUGAAGAGGGAAAGGAACAAAUGUUAUGCAAUGGAGGGGACGAGUCAUUUCUGCACAACAUGGACAGUAAGGAUGAUAUGUGCACACCAAACUUAGGCAACCACUCUGUGACCUCAAAUGGGGAAAAUUUUCAAACAAGCAAUGACAAACACAUAGAGGGAGAUAACGAAGCGGCCAAUUUUGCCAGCCUAAAAAAAUGGCUUAACUCCAUUUGUAGCAAUAAAAAAAGAGUAAACGAAUUUUUAGCUCUACUAAAAAAUGACUAUCUUGUUAAAAAUAAAAAGUUUCAUAAAAUCAUUCAGAACUUUUUAAACAAAAUAAAACCUGUUGUAGGAUACUAUGACAAUUUGUUGGACUCACUAAACAACGAAACUAGCUGUGAAAUAUCAAAUAAUGAAUCCAUGAUGAAUAAUGAAUUGUGUGCAGAAAAAAUAGAUAAAGAAUUCGUAAAAUUUAUUAAAAAAAUAAUAGAAUAUGAUAAAAGGAGAAAGAAUAAAAGUAUUAAAAAAUUAAAUAAUUUAGCAGAAAGUGGUGAAAUUUACAAGCUAAACGAAUUUUUUAUUUACUCUCCAAAUGAAUCUUACAAUACUGUUAACGAUUUUGCACAGCAGAUACUGAACUAUGUACCCUACGUAGAUGACAAGAAAAAAAUUAACAUUAAGAAGGUUAAAAAGAGAUUCCAAUGUAAAAAUUUAAUUUCACAAAUUCUGCUAGCCGAUUAUAUUUUAGAUAAGUUAAAAAAUUUUCCAGUGAACAACUCCUUGCGGACUACUCUAAAUGGUAAGGCGCUGGACAAUUUGCUUUCCGAGACCAGGUUAAAGGCGUACACGAAAUUUGUCAAUGAUAAUUUACAAGAAUGUGAAGACGUCGUUAAGAUGGAGAAGUGCUUUGCCCAGACGUACGAAGGGAAGAAGGAUGAACACCUUGUGUUCAACAGGGAAGGAUUACUCAACGGGAAAAUUGGAACAAAUGUUAAAGUGAAAAGAGAAAAUGACCGUGUGAAGGAUGGUGCCAAUGAGAAUGAAAGUGGCCUAUCCAUGAACAAACAGGGGCAGGACAGGACUGACCCAAUGGCGGACUCUGUCCGAGAACAUAAUGCCUCGCUGCUUAAUAAGAAUGGAAAAGUUUUUGACCAUGGAGGAAGGGGAAAGGAUGAUACCAACGGUGCAGGGGUGUCGGGUACUAUUCCCGUACGAAUAAAAAUGGAUGAUUCGCCCGCUUCGUUCAACUUUAACAAUUAUGGUGACAAUCAUAACGUACUUUUGCGCAAUGCUGUGUAUGACGAUGCGAACAUGACACCCAAAGGGGUAAACAAAGGAGAACUCGGUAGAGACAACCACCAGGGCAUUGUACAUAUGAAGGGUAGCAUGGACAACGCGAAUGUUGAUUCAUCGCUUGAUGGUCAAGUGGCAAUUAACGAACCAGGAAGGGAAAACGACUACAUCAGAAUGAACCACCAAAUGUGCGAAAGGAACAGUGACCAGUUGGUUAAUCCUGCAGUCUUUAACGAGAUGCCUUUGUACCAAACGGUAAAGGAGGAUGAGCUCAAAAAUGAAGCGGCAAAGAAGAGUAUUGGGCCUCUGAAUGAAACCGGCAUGUACGUCGAUCCCAACGGUUGCAGUGUUAGCAUCAAUGGGAAGAACAAUGGCAAGGGCAAUGGCAACAGUGGCGCCAAGAACGGGGGAAGGAGUCGCGCUAAGAGCGGCGAGAAAGGCAGUGGUAAGGGGGGAGGCAGAGGAAGCGCCAAGGGAAGCAAUAAAGAAAACGGGAAAAUUGUUCCUAGUGACAAUAUGCCCACACAUAACGAACCAAACGCGAUUAAAGACGAGGCGAAGACGAAGAAGCCACCCAUGGCACACACGAACCCGUUCAAUGGCCCCCCCACCGAAGCCAGUAAAUUGGACCAACAAAUACAAAACUUCACCAAAAAUGAAUUCUUACUAAAUAACAGACAGAAAUCUUCACCUAUAAAAAAUAUAGCCAAGUCGAAUAAAAUAACCAAGUAUAAAACUUCAAUGAGUGUGUCGAAUAUUUCUCCAGAGUUAUUUAAGAAUAAUAGCAUCCUAAAUUAUUUACCAAAUGGUAAUAAUUACCUUGCCAAUAAUGCACUAGAAAAAGUGCCCAUGAAAAAUGGUGUACCUGUGAGUAACUUGCCUGUAGGAGACCAAGACGCAAAAUGUGCUGCACCCCUCGAAGGAGAUGCAAGUGCAGACAGUAAGAAUCGCAAACCAGAUGAACAGGUACCUAGUAUGCUGCAUAGCAGUUCAAUGCAUGACAUGAUGAUGCCUGUUCACGUGUCAAAUGGACAGCAUGUGCUAAGCCAUGACACAAAAAACUUCCCAAACAAGAAACAGAAAUUGGUAAACACCAAAUAUAAUGGCACCCCAAGUAAAAAUGCGACAAUGGAAAAUUUGAACAAAUGUUUUAUCAACCAAGCAGGCUCUCCAGUUAAUGCCGUCCAGGAUUACUACAUGUUUAACCAGUCUCCUGCAAAAUGGAACAAAGGCUUACCCAACGCCGACGGCAUGAAGUCGAAUGGUUCUUCGUUUUCGUAUCCACAGAUGCAGAAUUGGGGAGACCCUCAAUUUGUCAACAAGGGAGACACCUCGCCUCAUAUUAGUACGAACCAACAGGUACCCAUCGCAAGUGCGGGCGGAGCGCAUAGCUCCUCCAGGAAUAGCAGCGCGAAGAACAAUAACUCCAAGGGAAGCAGAACCCCCAAGAACAGCAGUUCGAACAGUGCCUUGGUGCACAGCCCUGGUAGCAGCGGAGUUAGUGGAAUUAGCAAUGGUCUCAGCAACAGCAGCCUCAGCAGCGGCGGGAUGCCCCUGUUUGCGCGGCCAAACGGCGAAGAGGAAAAAUUCGCGUCUCCCAUGCACACCGCCUCACAAAGCGGCAAGUACAUGCCGCCCAACGACAGCAACGUGCAGAUGGGACAAAUGUCCCACCUAUCAUCGACUUCGCAAAUGUUACCAAUGUCGCCAAUGUCGCAGAUGCCGCAAGGUAAGUCUGCCAUGUAUGAGCCCCCAGAAUUAUGUGUCAAGAAUGCGACGACGCACAACCUACCGAACAGUAGCUCUAAUUCGCGUCAAAUAGAAGUUACGCCCAAUGGGUCAUGCAAGAAGAUGCAACAAAUCCCAAUGAACAACAGUGCCCUAAGCUCAGAAAAGAAACUGUACUCUAUGUAUAAGGAAAAUCAAGCAAGAGGAGGGGUGGUAGGAUCAGCUGCAGUACAAGGGCAAACACCUUCCCCAUCAAUAAGUAGAAUAAACGAUGAUGCACUCUCCAUAAAGUCGGCAACCCCAAGUAACUACUCAUCAGGUUAUGGAACGAACCAACCAGUAAUACAAGAAGCGGAUGCAAAGUCAAGGAUUCUACAAGAACAAAUGAUGAACAACCAAGAGCUGUUGAGUCCUGAUCAGAAAAUAUUUCUCGACGCAAGCAACAAAGGUAAUUCCGUUGCAAAUUAUAAUUAUGCUACCAUGGCAAGGUACUCUAGCAACAGCAUUCAAAAUGUUAGUCCCAUAAGUGGUGAAAAUAGCAGAUCAAAUUUAGGAACUAAUUAUAGCCAUUCGCAUUUGCCAAAUAUGAAUCUUAAUUUUGUACCCUCCAAUGUAAUGCACAUCCAGAGUAACACAUCACCAAACGGUGGAAUAAGAUCAUUGCUACACCACCCUGUACACUCACAUUCGAGCUUGGUAAAUAUGAACAGCAACAAAUUAGACAGUAAUGAACCUUUGAAUUUUGCGAAUGAUUCUUUUAAUAAAAAUAUGAGUUGUUCAAACUUGAGUAGUGUAAAGAGUGAUGGCAAUGAUGAAAAGAGGAACCCCUCCUCUGGUGCCUUAAAGACCGGUGCAGAUGGCAAUUCGCACACGUUUCAGGGCAUACAGCAGGGAAAGCACCAAAGCGAUAUGCAGGGCACCAACCCCGAGAACCACAAAGCGCAGGCGAGUUACGUGAAUAGUAGUAGCGGUGGCGGCAACGGAGUUAGUAACAACAUCAGCAACGGUAGCGCCGGUUAUGUAGAUCCCGGCGCCCUGCCCACCCUUCAACAGCCCCACAUGCAUAUGAAUGACCCGCAGAACAAUUACAUUUUUAAUGGCAACGAAAAGGACCAGAAUAGCGUCGCAACCAUGAGUCCCCAAGGGUCGAAGGCACAGGGAUUCAGCCAGCCAAAUCAGCCAAGUCAGUCUGGUCAACCGAGUCAAACAAAUCAACCAAAUCAACCGAACCAGCAGAAUAUUAAUUUGAACAAUAUGAAUGGCCAAACUGCGAAGUACCACAGCGCAAACUUGCCAAAUAGGAAACAAGGAGGAAACGUUCAUUCGUAUGCCAACCAGAUGAACUUCCUGCUCCAAGUGCUGAAUAAGUUAAAUGCCAACUCGAAAGGAAGUACUUCGCCAAACGGUAACCAGCAGGGCGUGGGAAAACCCGCUAUGGAGCAGCCCCCUGCGAAUCAGACGAGUGGCAGCCAGAUGGCAAUGAACCAACCGAGCAUGACUCAGGCAAAUAUGACGGCACCUGUUUUGGGCCAUGCAAGCAGCAGUGUCGCUUCACCAAAUGGGAACAGGAGCCUAAAUAUAUCCCCAUUCCAUUCGCCAAAUAUGAAAGGAAAAGGCGUCAAGCAACCAUUCAGCGAUAGUAGUGUAAACAGCGUUAAUAUGAUGAGCAUGGGAGCCAAGGGGAACAUGCCAAAAAACAUGAUUCAGAAAAUGUCUACAAAAAAUACGUUCCCAGGGCAAGAUAUGAUUCAACAAAAGUUAUUACAACAGCAAGAGUUACUGCAGCAGGAAUUAUUUCAGAAGGCAUACAGUGAGAAAGAAAAUCAGUCAAGUACACCACAAGGAGCAUUUCAGGAAAUGCAUAACCAGUGCCCACGUGACAACCUAAAGCAGAAUGACAAAGUGAGGCAACAGAAAUUGCUUCAGAAGCUCCAGCAGGAGCAAAUACAGAAGCAGCUUCAGCAGCUACAUUCCCAGCAGCAUUUCCAGGUUCACCAGAUGCAACAGCAGGUGCAUUCGCAGCAGAUGAAUUCACAUAAGGGACCGUCACCACUGAAGGCCCAGCAGUUGAAGCAGCACUUGCAUGCACAGCAAAUGAACCCACAACAAAUGAGCCCGCAGCAAAUGAGCACACAGCAAAUGAACUCCCAGCAGCUACACCCACAGCAACUGCACCCCCAACAGUUACAGCAAAUUCAAAUGCAGAAGCUUCAAUACCAACAGCAGGAGUUGAAGAAACAUAUGGAGCAGCUGCAGCAAAAGAUGCCCCUGUCGCAGCAGAAGUUACAUCAACUAUAUAAUAUGAAACAAAAUAUGUUGUUAAGUGAAGAAAAUGAAAAGAAAAACAAACAGAGGCAAAUUAGCUUUCCCCUAAAUUCGCACGUACCUAGCAUGCACAAUCUGCAGCAACUGAAUAAAGGCGAAGAGCUUCACUCGAAAGAAAAUUUGAAUAGCAAUAUGGGCGGUAGCGUCAGUGGCAGUGUCAGCGGCAGCAUGAGCGGAAGUAUAAGCGGCGGAAUGGCUGGCAUAGGAAGCAUUGGAAGCAUGUGCGGAAGCAACAUGGGCAGCAACUUGAGCGAAAAUGCCAUGUACAUGAUAAAUAGGAAGAUGUCAAAUAACCUGAGCAAGCUGAAUAGCGGGGACCACUUUUUUUCGUACGACUCAUUUCAGCAGUCGCUACCCCCGAGCAAAAUUGAAGUAAAAGACAUGAGGACGCAUGACGGAAAAAAUAUAAAUGAAAAUAACAUGUUGUUAAACCUAUCCCAAGCAAGAGACAUGUGUAGUAAUAAUGUGCCUCCUCGGGUUGUGCCAAACAAUAUGACUCCAUAUAUAUCUCAGAACUCUCCAUUUAAAAUGAAUCAUCAUAAUAAAAAAAACAUGAACAAUAAUCAGCAGCAGUAG